AUGAAGGAAUAUGAGGAUACCAGGGACGGGAAGCUGGAGAUAGACUCUGGGUCGAUCUGGACACGACACAUGAAUGAUGAUAUCAUCUACAAGUCUGACGGGUCUCAGCGACGAUUUGAGGAUGAGCUUGGCGAGUUUACACUGACACCUGUUAUCCUUAAGGAAAGAAUAUAUGACCACAAUAGUCUACAGGAUCCGGACCUUUACGACGGGUUCUCUGGGUAUGGACUGUCCACAAGUAGCUCCCGAUCAUUCCUAGGACGGCCUCGGAAAGACAGAAGAACUCAGGGUCGUAUCGGACUAAUUAUGGUACUACUGCUGGGAGCCUUGUUAAUAUCAUUCGGAGUAGGACUCCUUGUACACUACUGGCUUAUGAUGCAAGAACAAUCACAUCUGAAUAGGAUUCUUGAUGCCUACGCCGCCAAACUGUCAGUUCCUGUCCUAAACCAAACUUACACACGGAAGUUCCAGAACGCUGCCUCUCCAGAGUUCCAGGCAAUUGCUCUACCUUUUUGCAAAGAGCUCGACAAAUACUUUGAGAACAGUGGCUUGGCGCUCGACUACCAUGGAUGCAAAGUGAAGUCUAUACGACCAGAAGAUAAUCCGAAAACGUGUCCAUGUUCCAGCGCGGUGAGUGUGAGCGAUUCAGCAUUGACCCUUGACAUUGACCUUUCGCUGACUGACCCCACCCAUCGGACUCGCAUUCUAGAUAUUCUAAGGUCCAAAGCCUCCAAGGUGGACCUUUCUGGACUGCGGUUAGCUUUCAUCAAUAACUUCCUAGUGGAAAUAUCAAAGUUUGAUGGUGACGAGUGUUUGUCCGAUCCCUGUUAUAACGGUGGUUCAUGUAUAGAUGGUAUCCAGUCCUUCAGUUGUGUCUGUACGGACGGUUGGACAGGACCGACCUGUCUUAUAGACAAGAAUGAAUGUUACGAUAACCCAUGCUGGAAUGGAGGGAUAUGUAACAAUACAGAUGGUUCUUUCCUGUGUAACUGUCAGUCAGGGUGGACUGGAGACGACUGUAAAACAGAUGUGGAUGAAUGUGACAUCCUAAGUCCCUGUGUUCAUGGUACCUGUAUCAACAAGCAGGGAGCGUUCCAGUGUGUGUGUCCCUCAACAUGGACAGGUGCCCUGUGUGACACUGAUGCAAAUGAAUGCGAAUUAAGUCCCUGUCAGAACGGAGGGACCUGUACUGAUUACGAUGGUGGCUUUGCAUGCACGUGUCCGAUAGGAUGGGCGGGGAGUACUUGUACUGAAGAUGUUGAUGAAUGUUAUUUUACUCCCUGUCAACAUGAUGGAACUUGUCACAAUAUCGCUGGGUCGUACGCGUGCCGCUGUAGCCCGGGAUGGUACGGGUUUAACUGUGAGAACAAUUGGAACGAAUGUGCACUGUACCCUUGUGUUAACAAUGGGACGUGCGUUGAUACCGUGGGGUCGUUCCAGUGUCGAUGUGAGAGCGGCUGGGGAGGGCAGACAUGUUCAGACAAUAUUGACGAGUGUCAAAGAAGUCCGUGCAUGAACGGAGCGACAUGUGUAGACACCCCGGGAGCUUAUACUUGCCAGUGUCCGCCUGAUUACACUGGACCUGACUGUGGCAAUGAUUUUGUUGUGUCCUUUCAAUACACCUCUUUGAUUCUAAAUAGAACGUUCAGUGACACGCUGAGGGACACACAGUCACUAGACUUCCAAAAACUGGCCAAACCCUUCAUUUUCCAAGCAACAGUGUCUAUUUUAGAAAAUCCCAGACUAUUUCCAAGCUUCAAAGAAAUAAGUGUGACGUCAUUCAGGAACAGUCCCUAUUCCAUUGACUGGGAUAUACAUUUCUAUGGAAAUGUGUCCAACACAGUUCGACAGGAGGCGCUGAAUUACAUCAUGACAGGAAGUUCACCUAUUGUAUUUAAAAACACCAUAUCUACGCGAAUUGGUGAUCUUUUAGUGUUUCUAGAUAAUUAUACCGCUACCGAAGUGAGUCUGGAACUGCGAGUGCUGAAUCUGACAACGGACAUCUCCGACAAAGACUCCAUUGAGUUUAAGUGGUACGCACAAGCAGUUUGUGAAGAUAUCGGGAAUAUAAUGAGAAAGAAUGUUACUGCCUAUCCGGAAUUCAGGAAAUGUGAACUGAUCCAAAUUUUAAAAGACCCUGUCAAGUUAGACAUAAGGCUGACAUUUGAAGGGGACUUUCCGGUUAAGGAGCUGCAAAGAGAUGUUAAAGAGUACAUAAUUAAGUCAACUCCAUUACUGGAAUACCACUAUUCAAUUGUAUAUACUCUCGGGACCCUUCUGAUACAUUACCAGGAUGUGACGUCACGAGUUAAUAUGGAGUUCCAAGUUAUGAAUCUGACUUGGACCUCUGAUCUUUUGGAUAUGGCCUCGCCAACAUUUAAACAGCAUGCUGAUUUGUUUGGUGCCGACAUGACGACAUUACUGGGAUUUAGUUCACAAUCUUACCCGUUCAGACAAGUCGAGAGUCUUUCUUUCCGCAAUAAUCCCGUCACGAUCACCAGUGUACUCACUUUCAAAGGCAACCAUUCCGAGGAAGCUUUGGUGGCAAACACUUCUGACGUCAUAUUUCAAAAUACUCCUCAAUACUCCUAUAACGGGAAAAUAGUUAAUUUGAUAGGGGACCUACUCGUGUACUUUUCAAAAUGGGACAAUAUUCUUCAUGAUGCCUGGUUAGCAAACAUGACGCUGUCUAUCCACGAUUUCCUGUACGAGCCCGAUUUAGCUGAUCCAUCAUCUCAGAGGUUUGAGGAUUUCCAGAGUGUGUUUUGUAAUGACAUUGACGCUUUCAUGUCCACCAGUGUAUAUUCUGACCGAUACUAUAGAUGCUUCGUCGCCUUUAUUUCGAAUACGGACCCGGCGACAUUGACUUUCAAAAUGGUGUUCAACGGAACAGAUGGAAUUCCCGACCAAUCCCUGAGGUCAACACUUAAUACCAGUGCUCAGCACAUCACGGUAGCUGGCCAGGACACAAUGUAUAUAGGGAACAACAUCUUCUCCUUCGGAGAUGUACAGAGAAUCGCGGUCAACAUGUCCGAUUAUCUCACCACCACAGUCCCAACGACAACAGUAAUGUCUGUAAAUAUACAAUUGAACGUGACAUUCACAGUAUUGAACCUAAACUACUCUAGCGACCUUGCUGACCGUACAUCAGCUGCUUUUGCAAGCAUAGAGACGCCAUUCUGUCACUUCUUUGACAAGUUAUGUGAAAACAGGUACCCUGAUCAGAGGUAUGACGGAUGCAAAAUAAACUACUUCACAACCAACCCAGACAGGGUUAACUUUGAUCUGUCGUUUAAUGGGGUACCCGACCCAGUGAUACGAGACAACACCUUCAUGGCACUGGUCGAAAACGCACCACGACGCGAUGUCAACAAUCAGAUUGCAAUCAUGUUGGGACCUUUGGCUAUAUUUGAGCAGACGCUAAUCACGGGCGGCUGA